UUUGGUCCCCGAGGCUUUCCGUAGAUUCCGGCCUGGGCGUCGGCAGUCCAGUCACUGCUGCCUCUGCGUAGGAAAUAAACACCCGAACACUGCUUCACCGGAGAGCGCGGAGGUGGCACUUACAUAAAGGAAAACUUCACAUUUAACAUUAAAAAUGCAUUCAGUCACUCUGGACGGUUCGCCCAAGAAGCGGACGUUAUCUCGGGGAAUAAGCGAGGACGAGUCUCUCCGCAGCCUCAUCAAAGACUCCGAGAGCACAUCCAGGCGUCUGGCACGGAGCGACAGUCGAGCAGGCACCCUGAAGAGGAAGACUGACAGUCAGACUGAACAGGACCUCUUCAUGGGCCUCCCAGAAAUGCUGGAGCUGCAGGCCAGCUAUGACGAGGUGGUGCAGGAGCUGCAUGGGCUGGAGGUUGAGCGGGAGACUCUAUUGUUCCAGGUGGAUGUCCUGCAGGACACGCUGGAGGGUGUGGAGGAAUUGCUGGCCGAGGCGCAAAGGGAAGCUGGACAGGCUAACAUGGAGUUGGAGCAAGAGCGGGAGGCCAAGAGGAAAAUGGAGAGACUGAUGUGCUCUCUGAUGCAGGAGGUGGAGAGAUUAAAGGAGGCAGGAAAUGACCAACUGUCUGCUCCAGUGAACACACAGGGAUGUGAAGAUGAGCCAACAAAAGGACACCAGAUGGAAAAUAAAGCCGAGGACCUGAUGGAGGCUACUCGCAGAGAAGAAAAAGAUCCCUCCAUUGGUGGAGCAUCAAAGGAAGAGGGAAAAGGAGAAGCAGCAGAGGACAAAGGUAAUGUCCUGAUAAGGAUGAAGAUGGUCAAUAAGCCUUUGGCCCAAAUGCCCUCUCUUGCUUUAGACAACCCGUUGUCUGAAGAUGGAGUCCUGAGGAGGCCUUACGAAAACGGUGUGGACGGACGAGAUCCUUCUCCAGAAAGGAACGAUUCCGACAGCAUAAGUGCCUAUGAAGAUGCUUCAGCGGAGACUCCGGAACAGGAAGGGAUGUUUCCAGGUGAAAAUUUGGAGCUUCCUCAUGAUUCAGAGAAUAGUGAGGGAGACAGCUGCCAGCCCAGUGACCCCAAAAGCCCUGAAAGCUGUAUCGUGUCUUAACUGAUCUGUUUUAUCUACCACUGGGAACGAGGGGGAAGGUAACUACAGAUCAUUUUGUAUAAGCGCUUUAAUUUGCAGUUGACACGUCUUAUAAUUAGGGUGGGCCAAAAGUAACGUUCACAGUUCUAAUUAUAGGUCUGAGGUUUACUCUGUUGAUUGAUUAGCCGAAAAAACAAACAAUAAUCAUUUAGACAAUCAACUUAUCGUCCAUCCUUUUUCAAUUCAAAUCCAAACUUAGCCUUUCUUUGUUUUGAGAGUCAAAGAAAUGUGUUUAGGUCUUGGAAUUGAGACAAUACUUCUCAACAUUUUUACAACUAAGUAAUGAAAGGUGAAAACGAUGGGCAGCGUAAUUGAUAAUGAAAAUGAGGGUAAGUUUUAGAUCUUGUCGUCAUUCACUGUAAUAGUAAACUUAAGUUCACAACUAAGGAACUCAGGAUCCAGGUGAUUUACUAUCUGUCCUUUAAACUCAAUACUACUUCAAAUUAAUUUGCCAAUAAUUCCUCUUUAAUGUCCGUCUUAAUAUCUUUCUUUUCUUUGAAUGCAUAGAUCAACAGAAACAACACUCUUAUGUUUCUUUUGAUCGGUUACCUCUUUGCUUACUUUUUUUAAGAAGUUGUUUUAUACACUCACAGCUGCCAGGACACUAAUCAGGAUUUCCUGUAUACAAAACACAGUGAGCUAUAGAAGGAUUUGGACUGUUGCACUUUGACCUCAAAUCAAAACAAUACAAAAGAAAGUUAGAGAUUGAGAGUCAGUGUGAAAGCUUCUGACACUCACAGCUGUAUUUGAAGAUAUUCGAUCCAUCUGUAAAGAAAGUUCAGAACAUAUGGGACAACCACCUUGGGAAGUUCAGAUACAGAUUUUCAAAUGUUGCUUUUUUUUUAAAUGUAUAAAAUCUGAUUUUUUUAAGUAAGGGAAAAUGCCAUUUCUUUGCUGCCUGAAGAUUUUAUUUUUUUAUCUUUCAUAUACAGCCCUUUUCCUGUUUUUUUUAUUUUGAAUUUUGGAGAAUUGAUUUGGCUGCAUUUGCACUUUUUAAAGAUCUUAUAUCCUGGCACAAAUAAAUCAGAUUACAUCAGAAACAACAUUCCCCUUACAACCAAACAUGUUGAGGAUAACUGAUCAGCCGACCUGUUGCAGGCUGUAUGCCCUCUGCCUGCACAGUAUAAACUGUGUGUUUGCACAUUACAAGUGAAACUUUUUCCAAUGAGUCUCUUUGCUGGUCUCUGAAUGCUGUACUCGCUUUGUAUUUAACCACAACAUUUGAUGGUUAUUUUUGCAAUGUUACAUUCCCUUUUUUAAGCUAGAAGCAAGAAUCCGACCCUCUCACCUCAUUUGAACAGUUUGCAUGAGCACCUUAGAAUGUAUCACAUUUUCAAUCUCCAAAUAAGUCAAUGUCGGUCUUUUUUUAGUACUUUGGCAUGCAAAAAGUGUUUGGAUAUACUGCCAUUCCUUGUUUUUAAGGGUGGACUUUGACAGGCUUUAAUACAUAUUUGAAGUUAUGAGGGAACAUAUCAUAUGACAUUUUUUUUAAAUGGAAAAUGAAAACUAAAGGGGAAAUAUAUUAAAGCAGUCAUGAAAUAUAAAAGAUAGCAGUUAGUUGCAUGUCAUUUUGUGGGUUCAGAAUGUAAAUUUUUAUAUUGAUUUUAUGUUAUUUUUAUUACAUGAGGUGACUUCUACUGAAGUGCUGUGUGUCGUCUCUGUAUUCAGGGCUUGAACAUUCAGGUCAUUUACACCGACGCUGGUCAGAUGUCAUUUGCGUCACUUGUUCAUUUUAUCUUUCUAUUCAGGUCAUAUUUUACACAUCGUUUUCAGACGUUGUUCUUUGAACACAUCACUGAUGCUGUUUUUUGGUGGAUUUAAACACACAGCAUUCCAUUUUUUUAAAUGAUUUUAUUUUUGCAUUUUACUUGUUGAUGCAAAAAAAAAGUUUUUACUGUAGUUCAAUGCCUUUAAAGAGUCUGCAUAUUUUGAACGUCCUGAUUGUUGUAUGAAAUGUUCACAUGUAAUGACACAGAUUUAUACUUGUAAUUUAAAUGACAUUCCAGACAUAUCUAAAUAAAAACGUGAAUCAUGUA